AAGGAAACGAUCUUUUCGAAGAGAUGACUUGUAUACCUCCCGGUUUUACUGGAGAAAGCUUUUAUCAUGAUAUUCACAAAGCUAAUGGUAGAGACUAUGAUAGCGAUUGUCCAAUCUGUCGAGGCUAA